UGGUGGCGGCCUGGAGCAAGCAAGCAGUGCUGGAGGCCGCCCAGCGCAGCCUGACCCACGCCACCGCCCGCUACUCCGCCCUCCGCGGGGCGCUGUCGCUGCUGGGGCCGCUGCUGUGGGGCUGGCUGGCGCUAGACCUGGCGCUCAAGGCGAUAGGGCCCGACUACGCGCGAGUCGUACGAGCGGUGUUCCUGCUGUCACAGGUACGGCUGGUCCGUACCCACGGGUUUGUGUCUUCCGAGAUGCAGCGUAUGGGACGUCAGCAAGCGCACGACCGGUACGAAGACGACUCGGACGCAGAGGAUUACCAAGAUCCGGGGGCAGCCUACUUUUGACUUGGUUGAGCGUAUGUUUUAAGCGGUGGGCAAAGGUUAUGCAAGGGCUCCUGUGUCCUGGCGUGUAUUCAGAACAUUUGGCCGCGAGUCGUUACGUGUGACGUGUGUGAGAGUGUUGAGCGUAUUUGGUUACAGCAAAGUAGCCCUGACAGAGAGAUUGUGGUACUGCAUGACUGCAUGCUAAACUCUGGUGUAGGACGGUGACACGCGUUUUAAGCGUUUUGGACCCUGUGAGCUGGUGCUAGAUGAGAAGAUGACGUUCGUUCGCGGGGUUACUUUUGACGUAGCAUGUAGGUUGCUUUUGGUCCCGCUAGGUGAGAGAUAGCGCCACAUAAUGUAUGGUCAGAGAUGCUGAGAGGGCUAGGUUUAUAGACCCAGUGUGUGGUAUGGAUAAACGCACUUCACGGAAAUUUGUUUUAGGAGCUUGAGUGGCAUGCGAGAGACCGCUGGUUGUUUACGGGGUUAAGUUCUACUCCUCGGCUCAAGAUGCGCAUUUGGGUAUAUGUACUUGCGUAAGCAAGGGGCCGACACCGCAUUUGACGUCCGUUUACGCACACCUUGAGCGCAUGAGGGCAUUCCAUGUUCCGGUGCGCUGCUUCUUUGGGACGUCUUGCGCGAGAUUUCAUCACCAUGUGCCGGUGUCCGUUCGAGGCAUAUACGAUACCGUUUCUUUGCAUGGCAAGGUGGCUGUUGUGGACUUGGUGUGGGCUGUGGUGGAGAGGAGCAAAUGGCGACAGGGCCCUUUUGAGAACGGCAGGGUGGCGUGGUGCAUAAGGGCUGGAGCUUAGUUGGUGAGUCUUUGUUCUCUUCCCAUGCUCCUUUCGUCUGAGCUGUUGUCUUUGCUUACUUAUUUCAUGCAACGAGGGGUAAAAGCACCAAGGGAAGUAGACAUGCCGGUAACUCAAUACCCGCUGCUCUUGUUGCGAUGUCCAACGAGGCACAACAUCCAUCGGAGCAGCUGCUCUGCAUAGCAUCUUUAUGGAGGCACGUCUAAUUGUAGUGGUUUGUGCCUUGUGUUCCGGUGGCUUACAACUGUGCCUAUCGCUCAGCAUGUGCGGGAGCUGUUGGGUGUCAGAACUCCUCACGCUUAGUGAUCGUUGCGUUGUGCGGUGGACCGAUGUACGGUAUGUAGGAGCAUUGCAUGUUGUCCUACUUUGCAGGUAAACAAAAAGCUUUGGGUUUUGCGCUCGUAAACCCUCUUGCAUGUUGCAUACAGGGUAACGCAGUGGAGGGUGCAGCGACCCAUGGGUCACCUCAGGCGACUUUGCCACUCUGCUAACCUCCGGGCAUACGUCUCCC